AUGGACAAUGAACGCUGCGCUGGGCGGUCCGUCCAUUCACAGGGUACUCGAUGCGGUGAUCCAGUCCAAGGGAGUGGAUCUGUACCUGCACGUCCUGCCAGCGGUGGAGCGGAUGCUAUCAGGUUCUUCGCUCCCAAUAGUGUCAGCCUCUACUCCAGACCAGACGUGUGGGCGUCGAUCCAAACUUCGCAGGAUGCGGGCUCAGCUUUUCUUGCUACGGAAAGAGGCAGCCAGAGGGUACACGGAAGUAUUGGACUUUGUCAACAGCCUUUCUGGUACUGUCUAUAA